AUGGCCCUCCACUACAUUAUUGGAUUCCUGAUACUAUUAAAGAUCAUUGUCAACUACCUCAAGCGCCACACACAGCUAUUGGCAGCAGAGGAAAAGCCCCACAAACAACAGCCAGCACAAGAUGACAACACAGCAAGCAAACAGCUGCACGAUACGAGCCAUCUUGGUGGCACCUCAUCCAAAUACAUGUCGACCCUAGCUGCCACGAUAUAA